AAAAAAAAAAAAAAAAAAAAAAAAUCUCCCAGAAAUAAUGUCUGAAGAAAAAUCAAAACCAAAUUCAAUUUCAUCAUCAGAUAAAGAUGUAAAGGCGCCUAAUGUGUUUGAGAGAGUUAAAGAAAAAUUUGAGGCAUUGUUGCAUGGUGAAAGACACCCACAUCACCAUCACAAGGAAACUCACGGGUUGCGUAAGGAUAUUAAUGAGAACACACCAAUUAGUGAUGUGAAAGCACCCAACGUGUUUGAGAGAGCAAAGGAGGAAAUCGAGGCUCUUGUUCAAGUAAUUCAUCCAAAAAAGGAAGAUCAUUGUCAUGCUUCAACUUCAGAUGACGACAACAGGACUAGUGGUACAAUGGCUGAGUUGAAGACACAUAAUCCCGAUUCUCUUUCAGAAAACAAAGCAAAGGUGCCUACUAAUCAAAACGAAAGGGUCGAGGAAUCAACAAGAACACAUUUCCCCGGACAAAAGUCUCCUCAACGUCAUCACAAAGAAACUCACGGAAGGAGUGAUGACAUUGAUGCUAAAACACCAAUUAAUGAAGUUAAAGGUCCAAAUAUAUUCGAACGAGCCAAAGAAGAAAUCGAGGCACUAUUUCACUCAAUUCAUCCAAAGAAAUAAUACUAGCAGUGCUAUUCAAAGAAGGAAAAUUGAUUGGCAAAUGUUUUCUUACCUCAAGAUCACAAGAGAGAUUGCUUUUCAUGGUGUUUUAAUUGUUUUUGUACUAUUUUCAUCCACAAUGAGUUACUUCUCUUGUAUAUAAAUUUGUGUUGAGAUACUACAA